AUGAUCACUCGAUCGUCCCAAACUGACAGCUAUACCGGAUCGCUACAGUCGGACAUCCUCGAUCGCAUACUGGUUGGAACAUCGAAUGAAAUCGCCUACAUCUUCAGCAAUCCGGUCCGACCCCGACGACCUCGAUUCUUCAACAUGCUGCUCUUCGAUAGCUAUUUAGCAUUCCGCACCAUUCUGCAGCAGCUGAACCCGGACAAGUACGACUACUCCGGAUACUAUCUGCUGAUCCUGACGGCACCGCGUGUCGUCUACGGUAGAACUCUUCAGCAGAUAUUCCUCGACCUGUGGUCGUUCAACAUAAUCAACGUCGUGCUCGUUACCGCCAACAUCGAAGGCACAGGCAGCUCCCAAGACACCGUCUUGUUCACAUAUUUCCCGUACGUUGAACAUCACUGCGAACAUGCGCAUCCCGUGCUAGUGCACCACCUGACCCCAUCAACGAAAUUGGCAGCAUCCGAAAAUCUGUUUUCACCGAAGCUUGACAACUUCCACGGGUGUCCAAUUCGGAUCGCGGCCAUCAACUAUCCGCCGUACACGAUGAUUGAAACGGUAGCCGGUCGCCGUCAACUACGCGGAAUGGAAGGUGACAUGCUGGCCAUGAUUUCGACACUGCUGAACUUCACCAUCGAAGUAGUGGAGAUGACGGGUGGCGACCUUUGGGGAGAGAUCUACAAAAAUGGGUCCUUCAGUGGGGCGAUAGGGCUUGUGGUCGACGGCGCAGUCAACAUGACGUCCGGAUGUUUUUCGAUGCGCGGCGAACGCAUGUCGGUGAUGAAGUCCAGCGUCAGCUACUACACGAUCAAGGUGAUGGUCGCUGUUCCACCGGGCAGACCCUACACGGCGUUCGAGAAACUGUUCCGACCCUUCAGCGCGGGAACUUGGAUGAUGGUGAUACUGUAUACGGCCGUCGGUGCCGGAGUGAUCUCAGUGCUGAAGUUUUACCCGUGGAACGUGCGCAGUUUUGUGUUCGGUCCCGGUACCGGAAUGGCAUUGAUGAAUCUGGUGAAUGUGUUGUUCGGGGGUGCAAUGAGUAGAACUCCAGGGAGGAAUUUCGCACGAACGUUAUUGUUUUUGUGGGUGUAUCAUUGCUUCGUAAUGCGUUCGCUGUAUCAGGGGUCGCUGUUCGAGUAUCUGCAACAGGCGAAGAACUUCAGCCACGUGGAUUCGGUGAAGCGCAUUGAAGCCGAGAAAAUGCCGUACUGGUCGUCGCGGGGAAACAUGCUGUUCAUAAGGGAGAUUCCUGGGAUGCUCGAAAGGUAA